ACAACACUCGGCAUAACAAAAUAUAGACAGAACUAACGUGUUGGCUCUGUGACCGAAAUGACAUACCCAGAAGAUGAAGAACAUCCUCGGCUUCUUCUCCACAACUUCCUUUCUGCUCAGGAAUGCAAGGAACUGGAAUUUAUACACAAAAGCAAUUGCACUGUGGGUUACAGACCCAAUGUGUUCUCAACCACACUUUCACAUCUCAUUGCCACCAAUUGUGCUCAUCUCAUCAUGCCCUUCGUCCCCAUCAGAGAGAGGUUGAAGGAGAAGGUAGAGGAAUUCUUUGGCUGCGAGUAUGAACUCUUUAUUGAAUUCACCGGUUUGAUCAGCUGGACUAGAGGAGCAAGCAUUGGUUGGCAUAGUGAUGACAACAGGGACUAUCUCAAACAGCGCGACUUUGCGGCAGUUUGUUAUUUGAACAAUUACGGGGAUGAUUUCAAAGGCGGACUUUUUCACUUCCAGAUUGGAGAUCUAGCAACUAUUGUUCCAUCAAGUGGGGAUGUUGUGAUAUACACAGCUGACAACCGCAACAUUCAUGCUGUUAAUGAGGUUAUUGAUGGGGAAAGACUCACAAUGGCAUUAUGGUUCAGUCGUGAUGCUGCCCAUGAUGAAGAUGCUAAACUAAUCUCCCUUCUCUCACAGACUCCAUUACGCAAUAAUGGUCCCGAAUUAUUGCUACCUUUGCCAGCAUCAAGUAAUAUGUACUGGUUUUCACCAGAACAUGCUUCGUCCUAUGAGUUUGGAUUUGAUAUAUGCUGUGCAAGACUGCAUGUUCUUGGAUAUGAUGUAGUUUACUCUGAAGAGAAGAUCUCCUGUUCAAAUGUUUCUGAGUUACUGAUUGAGAGAUUGCGAUUAGCAAGAGCAGAUGAGUUGUUUGACUAUGAGUUCCUCAACAUCUUGCAUGCACUUCAGGUAGUGCAAUUCUACUGUUGGAAAGCUUCUGAUCUGAAAUCUACUGAAGUCGAAAAUAUUAUUAAGGUGGUACCCUUAUUGCCAUCACAAAGGGAGAAAUCUCUCUGCCUCAAAUCUAUAUCUCUGAAGGAUCUUCAUCUAGCAGAGUCUAUAUUUUCUGCUGAGAGUGCAAAACACUGUUAUUGGGCCCAUCUUACAGUUGCAGUCGCUAUGUGGGGAGAUUAUGCACACAGGCUACAUAAAGAACUGGUAAUGUGCUUACCUCACUGGAAAACACAUCAAUCUAUAUUUCAAGUAUCAUUUGAUGAUAAGUAA